CGACGACGCGCUUUCAUCUUCUGCGGCUACAGAAGAAGAGCGCUAGUCUCCAUUUUUUUAAUAAUCAGUUUCUACAUCGACGAUUUGGGCGACGAUCAUCCAUAACAAGAACCAAGGUUUAAGAAACGCCAAGGUUGCAUAGUUGCAAACAUGUGGGAUGGACCAGGACAUGGACCACGGGGAGGACUACCUUUUCGGGGUGAUCACCGUGGAGAAAUGUUUGGGGGCAGAGACCGUCCAAUGCCAGAUUACAGAGGCAGAAAUGGAAUGCACAUGGGUCAAAUGGGCCCAAGACAUCUAGAUGUGCCACCUAUGGACAUGAGGAGAAUGGAUGGUCCACCCAUGAGGGGACGUGAUAUGGAUCCGCGUGAUAUGCGAGGCAGAGAGUCAAAUCGAGAGUUCUUCAGACUUGGAGAGGAGCCAGACUUCAGUUGUAGGAGGCACUAUGACGCUUCUGUUAGAGACAAACUAUUUCCAGGGCCAGGCAGGGAUCCAGGAGACAUGGGGGGGAGGGGUGCGCAUCAGCGGGAACCAAACGACCGAUUCAUGGACAUGAGAGAAAGAGAGUCAUUUCAUUAUGACAUGCCACGGUUCAACAAUCCUAAUUUUAAUGAAAGGAGAGGGUUUCCUAUGGAUCGAAUGGAGCGGAAUGAUGGAUUUAGGGACAUGUAUGACAGACCCCCAAUGGGUAUUGAUGAUGCUGAUCGCUAUGAUAUGGACUUACCUCCACGUGAAAGGAGAAUGAUAGAUUCUGACAGAAGAGGUGGAAGAGGACCACCUUUCAAUCCUCGAGGUAGAUUUGACUCAGAUGUGGAUUUCAGAAAUCGGCCUGGACCAUCAGCUGAAUUUAGAGGUAGAGAUAGAUCUCCUUUAAGAUUUGGAAAGAGUGAUGUACCUCCAGUGGACAGGGAGAGAUCAGACGUUGUUGGUCCUCAGCGGUCAGAGUUUAUGGGUGCAGUUGACAGUAACCGAGAGUAUCCAGAUUCAAGUGAAAGCCCCGUUAUGGAUUAUCGGAGUGGCGAGGAAAUGACUCUUGCAGAAGAAUGGAAAAACCGCCAGAAGGACAAGAAUCCUUUCGUAGGUAAAGACAUGGGAAGUGUACCUGAAACCAAAUUCCCUGCAGGUUAUGGCAGAGAGAUGAAUGUUUGUGGUCCACCACCAUUUCAUGAGAGGGAUAAGCCUUCGGGUAGCUUCCCAGAGAAAGAUAUCUAUUUCCCCCGUGGUGACCACUUUCCUGGAGUAGAUCUACCAUCAGUUGGCAGUAAAGCUCCACAAGAUCAUCUACUCCCAGAAAUAAACCCCUUAACUGGCCAUAUGGAUAGAGAAAAUAAACAAUGGCCUGGAGAAGGAGACCCAAAGUACAUUCAGAAUAACCCAAAUCGGGAUAAAAGGCCCCCUUACCACCAUGAAAAGAAUCAGCCCUCACAUGAGAUUCAGGAGCCAAAAGAUUGCUUUGAAAGGAUGAAAGACACGCCACACAAUCAAGGACUUUCCAGGGAUAAGCUAGGGGAAGAACAUGACUUUCAAAGCAGCACAGUACAGGCAGGAGACCAGGACUACAGGGACAUAGAUUACAGGACAGGGUCUGGAAGGGUCUUUGAAUACAAACACGAAGAUCUUCCAACACCAGAUAAACUCCUGAAAGAUCCCAAACCAGUCACACCUUCAAAAUUCACCGAUUCUGGUUCCCAGGAUCAAGAUUACAGGAAUGCAUCAGUGAAGGACAAAGUAUCGAACAUUAUAUCCAUAACCGGUAUUCCAAAGACUGCCACAAUGGAGCAGAUUCUUGGUGCCUUCGCUGUCCGUGAUGGCGUGCCAAUGCAGGGGAUGAAAAUCAAAAAUGUUGUGCCAGGUUACAGCUACGAUAUGGCCUAUGUGGAGUUUUUAAACCUCGAGGAUGCAGUCCACUUCAUGGAGUCCAACAAGGGAUCCCUAAAGGUUGGCACUAGAACAACUUCCAUGAAGUAUGUCCAGCCUGAUGAGUGUGAAAGAGGUGUUCAUGAAUCAGAUCACAAAGUACCUCAAACUCAGGAGUCCCAGCUGCCUGGACCAGAAGAACCUUCAGAAGAGUUAAAGACUAACCUGAAUGGAUCCAACCAAAAGGCUCCUAUGGAGCAGCUGUCGCAUGGCCAGUGGCAGCGCAUGUCUGACCUGACUCCAGAGGCUUGGCAGCAACAGGUGGAUCAGCAACUCCAACAAGAAGCCGAGCAGCAAGGAGAAUCUUGGAACAGCCGCAACCCCCCUCAUCACAGCUCCCACCACUCAAACUCUGUAUUUAAAGACAGUAAAACCAUGAUAAUAAAGAAUGUGAAGCCCACCACCACAGUAGAGGCUAUCCUGAAAGCCUUGGAUCCAUUUGCUUAUCUGGAUGAAAGAAAUGUUCGCCUGGUGAAGGGAAAGCCCCCUGGAACAAAGUGCUUCUGCUUUGUUGAUAUGGAUUCCCAUGAGCAAGUGACACGUCUGGUUGAGCUUCUCACUAAACCCAGGCCUCUUUAUAUCGAUGGAGUCAGAGUUUACGCUGAGGUUGCAAAACCCCUGAAAAACCAGAAUUUCAGAAGAGAUUAUGAUAAAUCAAACACUUCCAUUCUUGGGCACCCCCCUGAGGGCAGCAUGAUGGCACAACCGCCAUUCCCACAACCUCCACAGUACUUGCAAACCCAGCAGCCGCCUGCUGGUGCCGCUCCCACAAUGCAAGGUGACUUGAUGCCUGGGUGCACUAAUCCUGCUCUGUCAUCUGACCCCAGCAUGAGCCAAGGUAUUGGCUAUGCUGAAAGUCCAGCUGUAGUGCCACCAUACCAGACUGGUGGACUACAUGUGCCUACAGACCCUGCUGGGAUAACUGCAAACACAGAUGGAUCACAGACGUAUCUUUAUGGCUCUGAAACUCCAGACAUGUCCAACUACUUGUAUGACUCUACGUCAGGGUUUUACUACGAUCCUGAAACGACACUGUACUAUGAUCCGAACUCAAGGUACUUCUACAAUGCUCAGACCCAGGAGUACUUGUAUUGGGAUUCUGCAUCAAAAACAUACAUUCCAGUUCCAGGAGGGCACUCUGCAAAUAACCAGCCUCUGUUCAUGACUGCAGAAGACCAGGCCAUUCUUUCCAACCCAGCUGCAGAUGCUCCUUUAGAAAUGAAGAAACCAUCGAUCCCUCCGCAGCCUUCAGCAGCUACUCCAGCAGUUCCUGUUUCAGCUGCCACCUCCACUCCAGAGGCUGUCCCAGCUCCUGCAGCGGGUCCUGACAAAAAAGAUGAUGACGACUCUGCUAAAAAGGACAAAGAUAAAGAGGAGAAACCGAAAAGCCUUGCUGCAGUCAAGAUCAUGAAGGAUAUGGAGCGCUGGGCAAAAAUCCAGAAUCGUCAGAAGGACAGUGUUCGGGCUCCAUCUCCAGUCCUGAAGUCUGGAUUUGACGAUGAUAAGAGGCAGUCUAAGUCGGCUGAUGCAGCUUUUGCUAUAUUUGAGAGAAAGAUCUCAGGUGGGGAGGAUCUUUUUAAGAAGCCCCUUGCUCCUCUCAAGAAGGAAGAAAAAUCAAAGCGUCCAAUGGGCUCCUUGGGUCUGCUGGCAUCAGACUAUGCAGCUGGAAGCGAUGAAGAGGUGGAAGAAGAUAAGGAGGAGGGAGCUAAAAGCACUCAGAGCAACCAGCCAGAGGACAAAGAGGACAAACUAACAGACUGGAAGAAAAUGGCCUGCUUAUUGUGCAGGAGACAGUUCCCCAACAAGGAUGCUCUGAUCCGCCACCAGCAGCUUUCCGACCUGCAUAAACAAAAUAUGGAAAUCCACCUCAAAAUCAAAAGAUCAAAGAAGGAGCUAGAAGCAUUGGAGAACCAGGAAAAGGAAUUAAAUGCCAGAGAAACUUCCAAAUCACCAGAACAGAAAAGAAGAAAACACCAUCACCAGCAGCCGCAGCAUCAUAACACCUGGGCUGGAAGCUCCAGGGAAAUGAACAAAGUCAGUGAAAGGCCUGGUUUAGGGGCUGAACCUGUCCAGCAGAGAGCUAAGAAGGAGCCUGUUGUUUGGGACCAUGCCACCUACAAACAAGCAGUGCGCAAAGCCAUGUUUGCACGGUUCAAGGAACUUGAGUGAUCUCAUCUGAACACAUCCUUACUUUUAUAUGUGAAAUUAAUGUUUGCCCACCUGGCAUGAGAAAUCCCCUUGUCCAUAUUUACCAUUUCUCUGCCUUGGACCUUCCCACACUAGUUUUCUACCCUGGAACGAUGCAACAAUGGCUGUGACCUGAACAUUGCACAUCUUUGGUAGAUCUGAACAAGAAUUUAUUUGAUGUUUAUGUAGAAAUCAUGCUGUUGAUUUUUGACCAUAUUUUUCAUGUGGCCUAUAUGUGGAAUUGUUUUUUUUUUUAUUAUUAUUAUUCUUUCAGGCUGGAAAUGAAUGCAUUUUGUUUUAAAAAUGAAAAAAUCAAUUUCAUGGGUUGAAAUUCCUUUUUAUGUUCACAUUUUAAGUAAAAAAAAAAAAAAAAAAAAGUU